CCCAGCUUUGAAGCGAGAUAAUGGCACACCCCACGGCCUCCACCCGCCCCGGCCCUUAUCGGCUGCCCCAAGCCCUGCCUGAGCGUCAUUAGGGGUCGCGAGCCCGGGGAGCGAGCACUGAAGCUCUCCAACCCCGAUGUAGGCGCGCUUGCGGAGCGGACCAGCCAGGCUAGUGUCCCAGUGCGGCAAGCGAGUGCAGUGACCCGAGCCGAGGGGUGGGGUGGCGCUUGCGUACAAGGGCGAAGCGGGAAGUUUGAAAUUGGCAGGCCGAGCAGUGGGUCUGAAGGACCGCGCGGGCAUGGGCACGGCUGAGGGCCUGGCGCGACGGCUGCGGACAGCGCUGCGGGAAGAGGAGCCGCGGGCAGUGGAGGAGCUGUUGCGCCACGGCGCGGACCCCAACCUGGUGCUCGCGGAUGGCGUGGCGGCUGUGCACCUGGCGGCCGGAGCCCGGCAUCCGCACGCUCUGCAAUGUCUCGAGGCCCUGCUACGUGGAGGCGGGAAUCCAAACGCUCGAUCCGCCGAGGCGCUGACACCGCUGCACGUGGCCGCCGCCUGGGGCUGUCUCAACGGCCUGGAGCUACUGCUGAGACAGGGAGCGGACCCGGCACUUCGCGAUCAGGACGGACUCCGGCCGCUGGACCUGGCGGAUCAGCAGGGACACCAGGACUGUGCACGCGUCCUGAGGGAGCACCAGACGCUGACCAGGUCCCUUACCCGGACCCGGGCGGAGACUCAGGAGCCGGAGCCGAAGCCGGAGCCUGGCCGCCCAGGCCCCAGGGGAAGGGGGCUGGACGCCAGCCCCUCUGGACCUCCUGAUGUGACACUGGACUCUACAGCACUGCGCAGAGGUGAUGGCAGGGACAAGCGCCUGGUGGCUGGCCCUGGAACCCCCAGCCUCUUUGCCCAUCCUGAGGUUGCUGACAAGGAUGGCAGCUUGGAUCCCCCCCCAGGGCACUGGGACUGCAGCUCAGAUGCCUCCUUUGUCAUGGCAGUUGAGGCCUCUGGAGCCAAGGACCCAGCCCCUCCCACUGUCCCCUCGGCCGGGUCAUUGCCCCAGGCCAGGCAGCGACUCCUGCCUGGGGUCCGACCAUCCCAGAGGGUGCCAAAGUCUCCUGGUACCCCACAGCUGGUGCAUGGAGAUGUCAUGGCAAGCAAGGAGGCUGAACUGAAUGCCCAUCUGCAGGCCCUGACUCUGUCCUUGCCACAGGCCUCCCCCUCUCCCACAUACCAAUUAGGUGCAAGCCCAACCCACAGCUCGCCUGGGAAACCACUGCCUGGACCCUCCAAUUUCCACUUCCUAAGGGACGACCAGUGGUCCCUCGACAGUGAUGUGGCCGCCCUCUGGCUGACAGAGGAUGAGGCGAGCUCCACAGGUGACAGGGACCCUGUUCCUUCUUGCUGGUGCCUGCCGGUCCCCGCCAUGUCUGACCUGGAGCUGCUGCAAGGGCUUCGGGCACUGGGUCAGAGCCCAGGCCCCAUCACGCCCUUCACCCGGCCACACUACCUCCGCCGGCUACAAGAAGCCCAUGCUGCUUCCGGCCAAGACUUUUCAGGGCACAGUCCAGAGCUGGCUGAAGCCCUGAGGACAGGCCAAAUCCCAGAUGCCCAGGCAGAUGAGGAUGCACUUGCUCAGCAGUUUGAGCGUCCAGAUCCCAGCAGAAGAUGGCGGGAGGGGGUCAUGAAGUCCAGCUUCACAUAUCUGCUGCUGGACCCCAGGGAGACUCAGGACCUGCCAGGCCGAGCCUUCUCACUGACCCUGACUGAAUGCCUUCGGACUUUUGUUCAUGCCAUCUUCUAUGUGGGCAAGGGGACACGAGCCCGGCCGAAUGUCCACCUCUGGGAGGCCCUUGGCUACCAUGGGCGGCCAGGAAAACAGGCCUGCCCCAAGGUGCGCCAGAUCUUGGACAUUUGGGCCAGCGGUCACGGCGUUGUUUCCCUGCAUUGCUUCCAGCAUGUGGUCGCUGUGGAGGCUUACACCCGAGAGGCGUGUCUUGUGGAUGCUCUAGGGAUCCGGACACUGACCAACCAGAAACAAGGACACUACUAUGGAGUGGUAGCAAGCUGGCCACCUGCCCGGCGCCGCCGCCUGGGAGUGCAUCUGCUACACCGCGCCCUCCUUGUCUUUCUGGCUGAGGGUGAGCGAGAGUUGCGACCCCAGGACAUCCAGGCCCACAGCUGAGCACUUAGAAAUUGGCCAUCCAGCCUGGGUAGAGAUCACAGUGUUUGAAUGGUCCAUGUGCCCCGUGCUGAGAGCAGCCCUCCAUCUCUAGCUCUAAAAGGCUGGUGGAGGGGACAGCAGGCAGAUCUCCCCCUCAGAUUAAGGGAGGACUUUGUUACAGAUGGAACUGCUGGAUAGGUAGUGAGCUCCCCGUCACGGGAGGAGAACAAGUAGACCAGAAGGUUUUUUGGAACAUGCCAGUGCUUUUGCAGUUUGGUCCUGCCUGUGUGGGCAAAGUCCACUUUUAUCUCCCAGACAAAGGGCACCCACAUUGUGGACUGGGAGCUUCUUCAGCCAUAUGAAGGGAAUCUGCCCAGCUCAAGAGCCGGGUUCUGCUGCUAGCCACCUGUGGUAUCUCAGACCAGUAAUCUGUCUUUCAGAGCCUCAGCUUCCUCAGUUGUACCAUGGGGACUUUGAGAGGUCCUAGCCCUGGUGUCAUUGUGGGGAUCCGAUUAAAUGAAGUCAUGCAUUAGGGUGUGGCUCAGAACCCUGCACUGAGCCAGAGGUGGCCCAGGUGGAAAGUCUCCCUGGGGAGGGAGGUGCCCUGAUGUUCUUGAAGGGCUGUGUGUGGUGACAGGAGGCGAGGGAAGGGGGGGCGGGGUUGGAGUUGGGUGUGAGACACCAGCUCUCCAGAUCACUGUGCAAUGCAAGCUUUCUGGUGUUGUUUCCCUGAACCUGUUUCUUCUUCCGCUAUA